AUGGUGCAGCAAGAUUACAAGUUUGAAGGAUGGAUGGGCCUCGACAAAAACUCGGCCGAUGGGAACAUGGUCUGGCAGGAGUUCGAGCCCAAGGCCUGGGAGGAAAACGACGUUGAUAUCAAGGUCACACACUGCGGUAUCUGUGGCUCUGACUUGCACACUCUUCGCAGUGGUUGGAGACCCGCCAUGUACCCCUGCUGUGUAGGCCACGAAAUCGUGGGUACCGCAGUUCGUGUUGGCUCCAAAGCCGUCGGCGGUAUUAAGGUGGGAGACCGUGUUGGAGUCGGCGCACAGAGCGAUGCCUGUGUGGGCCGUUUCGGCGACUGUCCCGAGUGUGCCAUGGGCUGGGAAAACUACUGCUCGCACAAAUUCGUUGGAACUUACAACAGUGUCCAUUACAAUGGAGGGAAAUCCUACGGUGGGUAUGCGCUGUAUAACCGCGUCCCUUCCCACUUUGCAGUGAAGAUUCCAGAUGCUAUCCCCUCUGCUGAAGCGGCACCGAUGCUAUGUGGUGGUGUUACGCUUUACAGUCCGUUGAAGCAUAACAACUGCGGGCCUGGAAAGCGUGUGGGUAUCAUUGGUGUUGGAGGUCUGGGCCACUUUGGUGUGCUCUUUGCUAAAGCCCUGGGUGCGGAUAAGGUUGUUGCUAUCUCACGCAAGACUGGGAAGAGUGAAGACGCACUUAAGAUGGGUGCUGAUCUCUACAUUGCGACUGAUGACGAGCCGGACUGGGCAACUAAGUACGCCCGUUCUUUGGAUCUCAUUGUUUGCACCGUGUCCUCGACUCAGAUGCCUAUGGCCGAAUACGUGGGUCUCCUUGCAACGAACGGAAGCUUUGUUCAGGUUGGUCUACCAGAGGAUGGUCAACUUAACGCACCUGUUGCAAAUCUCAAGCGCCGCCUCAAGAUGGAAAGCUCCCUCGUUGGAAGCCCAGAUGAGAUUAGGGAAAUGCUUGCUCUCGUUGCAGAGAAAGGCGUAAAGCCAUGGAUUGAAGAGGUUCCGAUGAAGGACGCCAACAAGGCAAUUGUUGAUAUGCACGAAGGCAAGGCUCGGUACCGUUACGUCCUGGUGAACAAAGAACAAUAG